AUGUAUUCAAUCAACGCUGUCCAGUUACAUUUAGCCAGGAGACGUGAAGUCAAAUACGCUGUUGGGCCAAUAGAAAAGUUCUGCUUUUUCAGAAGUAAUGUUUUGGUGAACGAAGUAAGAUCUGCAUCUUCCGUGGCCAUAAAUCUAACCUGCAAUGGUUCUAACUUGCAAGAUAAGCAUGUUGCUACGUUGGACCCAGCUGCGAUAGCCGUGAAGACGGUCCAACCCUGCAGACGGCGUUCUGAUUCGACGGCCUCACUAGAUGACAGGAAUCUAGUUGAGUCCAAGAAACGUUUGAGGUCCACUGCUUACGACGCAGUUUUUUUCGACGCCUAA